GCGCGCAGCCUAAAAAUUUUCGUGGAUACCGAUCAUUGACGAUAUUUAUUACUAUGUCAUUAAUUAUGGAUGAAAUUAAUCUCUCCAUACUAGGUAAGUUAUCACCCGCUUGUAUUGAUAAAUUAACUGGUGCCGAGGAAGAUGUGGAAGAUCAAUUAAUUUAUAGAUCGAUUUCUCUGAAUAACGUCUUGGAACCUCCUGUAGAGCAGACUUACUAUACAAAAGUCAAAAAGGGUUCUACCUCCAAGGUCUAUUUUGAUAAUGCUGAAGGGUUACGAGAACUAAAUAUAAACAUACGGCAGAAACCGUCUAAGAAUAGAAAUAGAGGUAAACUAUCGGCUAAGAAAUCCAUGAGCGGUAUUAUAGGAGCUGAUUUGAGUCGUAACUUUCAUGAGUAUACCCCAGAAACCAAACAGAGCAUAUAUAGUUUAGAAGAUCUAUAUAGGUCUGUACAAUUUCUUGUUGAAAAUAAGUCUAGGAAAUUAUCAAGUAUUAAAAUCCUUAGUUUAAGAAGAAAUUUAAUGACAUUGCUAAUGAUUCCAGUUAAACGUCAUCCCGCAAGAUUCAGAGUUAUUUAUUGGCAAGAUUUAAUCAUAAUUGACUACGAUUGGGAAUUUGAAAAUGAUACUCAUGAUUUUGAUAAACUGCAGUAUUCUGGAUUCAAGUUUGAAGAUGUGAUUACUAAACCAAAACCAGUAGAUGAAGGCUCUGUUGAAGAUUUGUCAUUAGAGCUUGAAAAACUUACACUCAAUGAUGAAAAGCUGUCAUAUUACACGGUAGUUGAACUGAAAUUAAACGGAAUACCCAUACUAUUCACAGCUGAAAUUGAUGCGGGGAUCAAAGAGUCUACCCCAGGCAUUGAUAAUUAUGUUGAAUUGAAAACUCAUACUAAUAUAUCUACCAUAGAUAUGAAUACUAGACCUCCAUAUAGGUUACAGUCAAAGUUGUUGACAACAUAUUGUCAGAAUAAAUUUAUUAAUGCCAAAUAUGGAGUUAUUGGAUUUAGAUCACCGCAAUAUCGGUUGACUUCGAUAAAAUCUUUGGAGAAUAACGAAAUCGGUAACUUUAUGAAUAAGUAUCCGAUGCUUAUUAGCGAUGGAAUAUCGGUCAAUGGAGGCCGAUUAUUUAAAUGGUACAGUUUAAUAGUUACGUGGUUGCAUGAUCAGAUAAAGACAAGAGGUCAAAAAAAUCGUAAAGAAGAUGUACUUGUAUUUCACUUGGAAUGUGUUUCAGGUGAAACAGUGUUAAACACUCGUUUGAGUCUAAAGGAAAUUACUGAUAAAACCGAAUCUAGCCGGCUAUUUUCUACUACUGUUCCCCAAUGGUUUCAAGAGUUUGUCAAGAAACAAUCAGAAGGAAACAGUUAAAAGCGUAAGUCUUUUGUAUAGAACCAAAUAAAAUUAAUUUAUUAAAUUAUUAAAUGCAAUAAAAUCAUGACCUAUGGAAGUAUAUGUAC